GCGGGCUGUGGGGAUACCGCGCCGCUGUCCCCGCACACCUGCCCUGCCCGGCACUUGGGAGCGGCGCGGCGGCGCUAACCGGGGGCUGCCCGUGGGUCACACAAGUUGCCGUCGCCCACGGAGGUCGAAGAGCGGGGGGAGACUUCCCCAGCCAAAUCGCCGCUUUUGGGGCUCGGGGAGAAGGCGGCGCGGGCUGUCGGUGUCCGAGGAAGGGGCUGGCAGGAGUCAGGCGGCGCUGUGUCCAUCCCUGGGCGCCCGGGGCGGUCCAGCCCGCGGAGCGCGGUUGCCUAGCAACGGGGCACGCGCGCGGCGGCUCCCGGGAUGCGGGGAUUCACCCUCGGCGUCGGGAUCCGGCCUGAAGCGUUCCUGAAGGAGCACCAGGUGCGGAGCCUCUUCCCGCUCCGUGGGCCGGUAGCGGGAGGGCAGGGGCGAUUUCCCGGGCUCCUCAGCGCAGAUACGCCUAAUAAAGAAUUCCCACCUGUCCCGCCUCAGCGAAGGCACGCGCAUGUGAGGGGCUUUUGUUGUUCUUUCCCUUUUACCCUCCCACAGGUGCUGCAGUGGUCAGUGCUCACUCAGCAGCGACCCUGGAGCUGCAGCCUGGCUUCGAUCCCUGUGGCUUGGAAACGUGGCAUUGGAAGAACCAGUCUGCUGGCAGGUGUAUCUGUUCACCAGCAAAUACCAGAGCAAGGGUCGGAGGAAUUCUACCAACUUCUUGUGGAGACCCAGUUUCAUCCAGCAGUACGCAUGGUAAGCUCCAGGUCCAUCUCACAUGUCCAGUGUUGUCACACUAAUAAAGACUCCCAUGGCUGUCUGCUGCCAAGAUGUCCAGUGACUUACUUUCCUGUUUGUGCAUGGAACCCCUGUCCUCUUUGUGCACCCUCGAUACCCUCAGCAAAAAGUCAUUUCACUGAUGCAUCCCCAGAGGCUUCCAGUUUAGUGAGGGGGGCUCGUGUGUUGGCAAGGAGAGAAACUGAUGGCUAUUACUACCUGGGCCACAUUGCCCAAGAGGUGAAGGGCUCCAGGGAACGCUUUGUAAUUGAGUUUGACAAAAGUCGUGCUCGGAGAGGCAAGGUACAGCUCCGCCUGCAGGAAACGCCUCUCUACGACAUUCUCCACUACGAGGAUGCCAGGAGACAGCGUCUCGCUCCUGGAGACAGGGUCUUGGCGCCGUGGGAGGCUAGAGCUGAACGUUUUGGCCCCGGCACUGUGCUAAAGGUUGUGGAGAGCAAGGAGGAACAUUUAGCACACAACAGAAGUGGAGUCCUUGUGAAUUUCUGGAAUGGGCAGACCAGGGAGGUGUCUUCUGACAAAGCUCUGCAGAUUCCUCUGCCCUUAAGCGAACGCAUCAUCCUAGAAGUGCAGAUGCCUUUAGCAGCCAGGCAGAUGGUGGUAGAUUCAAGCUUGCAUUACCCAUACAUUGUGACACCAGGUUAUAGAGCCUCAGGACGCUACAGACUGGGUCACUCAGACCUGGACUGCUGGCCAGGGGUCUGUGUUCAGCUCAUCCACGUGCUAAGUGCAGCUGGGGGUGCACCUCGCUCCCCCAGUGCUGCCUGGCAGCCUGGGAACCCACACGGCCUGCAGGGUGCAAAGUGCAGCAGGGAAAUGCCUUCAUCUCAGGAACAGGCUUGGCUGGAGAAGAGCUCAGCAAGAAAAUAGAAGAGGA